AUGACGUCCGUUUCAACUGAUCUAACCCCCAACCCCCAGCAGCCCACCCUCUUCGGCGACGGCCUCCCCACCAAGCUCCCCAAGCCCACCUCCCCACCCUGGGCCCCAUGGACCGAUCCCGGCCGCGAAGUCCCCUCUGAAGCCGAAUCCCGAUGGUCGCUCUACCUGUACUACGAGUUCGACCGAAAGACACUGUUCUUCGAACAAGUGCCUGUUCCAGACAAUAGCGCCGUCGCGCCAGACCCGUCGCAAUGGCCAUGGCCAGCCAAGUUCUUCGACGAAACGGCCAACCAGAUCACUGAGCGGAACGCAAAGGAGUCGGCGUUUCUUCGUCUGCCGCGAGAGUUGAGGAUUGUAACGCGCUCCGAAGGGAGAGGUGGUCUGGGCCACUGCUAG